GGGGGGGGGGGACCCAGGAACAGAUGAAGGUCUGGAGAAUGUCUGUGACAGAGGAAUGAAUGUGCCCAAGGUGUGUAGAGGAGGACCCUGGAGAACAUUUGUGGAGAACCUCUGUGAAGACAGAAUUGAAAGGAAUUAGGGCGUCAUCCUUGAAGAGAACUGCUGAACACAGACCUACUGAAGGCAGUCCUGGGAGGGGAGAUCUCCUUUGAAAUAUAGACCAAAUUGCUCAUUGUCUUGAUUCAGUCAUGCGCUUUCUGUUGGCCCGUAUUUAUAACUUAUUUUAGUUGGUUAGACUAGUGCUGCGUUGAGGUGCUAUUCGGGAACUAGGAAUCAUCCGAAUUUUCCCGACUUGCGAACUGGUUGAACGCAGCAUGUGAAUAACUACAAGCAGUUAGCAAAUCGGAAGUUUCCUAGUUCCUGAUUUAGCACUUGAACGUGGCAUAAGAUAGUAGAGGUUAUUUGACAGUGGUCACAUUCAAACAGAUUAGUUUUUUUUAAUAUGCAUUGUAUUUCAGCACGGGUGUGUCCUGCUCUAACAUGUUUUCAAUGACGACGAUGACGAGUCCGGUCUGACUCAGGAAAACAGCGCUAAGCAGCAUCUGAUUGGAUGGGAAACUUGUUGUUCGCCCGACCGAACUGGUAACUUCCAUGUUGACAGCCGAGAAGUCUCCGUAGAGAUUUUAUUGAAACGGAAAAUGUAAUAAAUGUUUCUCUGAUAUACAAUAGACUAAACUAUUUGGCAAUGCCGUUUAGUAACAUCCUAAAUUGUUGUAGGAUUAGUGUAUCAUGGCGGCGCUAGGAGCGGAGUGUGUCGAGGCGUUUAAAGUGGAAGAAAAGAUAAACGCACAGAAGACGGACGACUCAUGGAAACGUCAUAUCAUCCGCCAACUCAAACAUCGGGAUAAGUAUCAGAAGGCGAUGUUUCAAGAUGUCAUACUGGCAUAUAUCAAUCUGCUGGAGAGGUCCAAUCAGAGAGCCCUCAUCACGAAAGGCAUCCUGGGAUCUGGUUCAAGGUACCCAGCCUCCUCCAACGAUUCCUUGACGUCUCUGAUUUCCAAGAAUGAUGAUCUGAAGAAAACAACAGGGGAGCUGGCCUACCAGGUAUUGGAGCUCCAGCAGGAGAUUAAGAUCAAAGACUCCGUACUGGAAGAACAACAUGCCAGGAUGUGUGAGGUGAAGCGGGAUCUGCUGGGGGUGCAGGCUGAGGAUGGAAGUCUGAAGGUGCGUGUUGCCGAGGUGACGGAGGGGAACCGGCUGUUGAAACGGGAGUACGACUCUCUGCUGGAGCGGCACCAUGAUAUGGACCAGACCUUCAGAGAGGAGAAGCUCAGAGGUCAGGAAUUGCUGGAGGAACUGGUCCGGAGGAAGCAACACGCAGCCGUCAGGAUGAACAGCCGCAACGAGAGACGGGUCAGAGCCAGAGAGGCAAGUCUUCAGAAGGAACUGGAGACCGCCGGGAAGGUGAAGGUGACAAUUGAUGUCGGGUCUGUCAGUGCCCCGGCCUCCAGAGAAGCCUCCCCUAAGAGUGAUCUGGCUGAGAGACGGACCACUAGACUGUUCAGGUCAGCCUCAGUAACAUCCCCUCCCAGGAUUCUAGAUUCCAUCAAAGAGCUUUUUGAUAGAAAGAAGCGUCGGGGGAACUCGCUGUGUCUGAGUCUGGAGGAGGAGCUGUAUGUUCCCGUAGGGAUCUGUCUGGCUGCCAGGGUCCCUGCUAGGGCUCUGCAUGUCCUGGAUGCCCAUGAGUUGGGCAUUAAUGCAGUGAGGUUCAGCUCCAGUUGUAACCUGCUUGCUACUGGAGGGACAGACAGAUCCAUUAAGCUGUGGGAUGUUAAAGCAGGCAUGCUCCACAACAGAGGUACACUAGAUGGCAGCAACGAAGGAAUAACCAGCAUAGAGUUUGACCAAACAGGCACCAGGGUUUUAGCAGCGUCAUAUGAUAAAUCAGCUCUGUUCUGGCGGCUGGAUGACUCUGCUCCCAAGCUCACUCUGACAGGCCACUCACGUAAAGUGACAGCAGCCAAGUUUAAAUGCAGCCUGCGCCAGGUGGUGACAGGAAGCGCAGACAGGACCGUCAAGAUCUGGGAUCUCCACCGCGCUGCUUGUAUCCAGACCAUUGAGGUUCUAUCUUACUGCAGUGAUGUGGUGUGUUCUGAGCACGUCAUCGUCAGUGGACACUAUGACAGGAAGAUACGCUUCUGGGACAGCAGGGCUGCCAGCUGUACCCAGGAGGUUCCUCUCCAGGGGAAAGUAACAUCUCUGGACAUCUCUACAGACCACCGCCAGCUCCUCAGCUGCUCCAGAGACGAGAGUCUGCAGGUGGUCGACCUUCGCAUGAACAACUCCAGGAUAUGCUUCAGAGCUGAGGGCUUCAAAUGUGGCUGUGACAGCACCAAGGCUAUAUUCAGUCCUGAUGGGAGCUACCUGGCAGCAGGAUCAGCAGAUGGAGCCGUCUACAUCUGGAACGUCAACUCUGGCAACCUGGAGACACGACUACCGGACAUGCACAGUUCGUCCAUCAACGCGGUGGCCUGGUCUGGGUCUGGGGAGUACGUGGUCAGUGUGGACAAGAGCCGGCGUGCCGUUCUCUGGAGCGACAUUUAAACAGUCUGGUCGACUAGCCAGCCUCAGACCCAUUUGAACAUCACUCUGGGGUUAGGUUUACAAGGUCAUCUGAACAUUGGCUGAGAGAACACAGAACACAUUGGAUGUUUAACAUUGGCUGAGAGAACACAGAACACAUUGGAUGUUUUAACAUGGCUGAGAGAACACAGAACACGUUGGAUGUUUAACAUGGCUGAGAGAACACAGAACACAUUGGAUGUUUAACAUGGCUGAGAGAACAGAACACAUUGGAUGUUUAACAUGGCUGAGAGAACACGUUGGAUGUUUAACAUGGCUGAGAGAACACAGAACACAUUGGAUGUUUAACAUGGCUGAGAGAACACAUUGGAUGUUUAACAUGGCUGAGAGAACACGUUGGAUGUUUAACAUGGCUGAGAGAACACAGAACACAUUGGAUGUUUUAACAUGGCUGAGAGAACACAGAACAGGUUCGAUGUUUAACAUGGCUGAGAGAACACAGAACACAUUGGAUGUUUUAACAUGGCUGAGAGAACACAGAACACAUUGGAUGUUUAACAUGGCUGAGAGAACACAGAGCAUGCUGGAUGUUUUAACAUGGCUGAGAGAACACAGAACACAUUGGAUGUUUAACAUGGCUGAGAGAAUACAGAACACAUUGGAUGUUUUAACAUGGCUGAGAGAACACAGAACACUUUGGAUGUUUAACAUGGCUGAGAGAACACAGAACACAUUGGAUGUUUUAACAUGGCUGAGAGAACACAGAACACAUUGGAUGUUUUAACAUGGCUGAGAGAACACAGAACACAUUGGAUGUUUUAACAUGGCUGAGAGAACACAGAACACAUUGGAUGUUUAACAUGGCUGAGAGAACACAGAACACAUUGGAUGUUUUAACAUGGCUGAGAGAACACAGAACACAUUGGAUGUUUUAACAUGGCUGAGAGAACACAGAACACAUUGGAUGUUUAACAUGGCUGAGAGAACACAGAACACAUUGGAUGUUUAACGUGGCUGAGAGAA